AUGGAGAAAUAUAUUGAUGAGGCUGUUGUCAGCAGCCAAAACAGCGGCAGCAACAGCGAUGUCGACGCCAUUGAGGUUGACUGGACCGAGGAAGAGGAGAAGAGAUUGGUCCGAAAUGGGAAUGCGCUUACAGACUUUUUCUUUGAGGAUGUGGGCAUUACACAGAACCAGUUCAACGUGGGCCAACAACUCCUAUCCCUGGGAAUUGUUCUUCUGGAAAUUCCUAGUAACGUUAUUCUCUACCGUCUUGGACCAUCCAAAUGGAUCGGCUCUCAGAUUUUAGCAUGCAAGAGAUUCUCUUGGUACUUUCUUGGAAACAUGACUGCUUCAGCUUCAUCUGGUCUUAUUGCCUACGGCAUUCUGCACAUGCGAGGCAUUGCCGGGCUUGCGGGUUGGCAAUGGCUGUUUAUUGUAAAACAGCUCGAGGGAAUCUUCACCAUCCUCACUGGUCUCAUUUUCCUAUCACUUUUUCCAGACAGUACCUAUAACCCCGUCUCUCUCCUCAAAAUCCGUCUCUUCACCGAAGACGAGGCACGCAUCUUGACCAAGCGAAUCCUGCUUGAUGAUCCGUCCAAGAUCCACGUCAAGCCCCAGAUCACAAAGCAAGAGUUUAAGAACGUGUUCACCAACUGGAGACUUAUUCCUCACGUCAUUCUUACAAUCGCGGGCCUUGCGCCGGCUACCACCAUGGGCUCUUACUCGCCUACUCUUGUCAGGUCUUUUGGAUACGAGAGACUCACGUCCAAUGCUCUUGUUUCAAUCGGUGGUUGGAUCCUCAUCAUUAGCAAUCUCCUUUGGGGUUAUCUAGGUGACAAGCUUCGGAUGCGUGGUCCCUUGGUGACUCUUGGGAUUUUCAUUUUCUGGGCUUUUGUGAUCGGGGAUCGUCUUCUCAUCAAGUCAACUGAUGGACACAAGAGAUUCGCUCUCCUGACUUGCACCCUCAGCUUCGGCUCGCACUGGCAUCCUCUCAAUGGCUCCUGGAUGGCCCUGAACGCCGGAACCGCAGGCGAACGCUCCAUCACCAUGGCUAUCCUCAUCAUGUCGGCCAACGCAUCCGGAAUCAUCGGAAGCCAGCUGUUCCAGCAAAAAGACGGGCCCUUGUAUGAAACUGGUUGGACUGUGAUUGUGGCGGUUGUGUCUGUUGCCUUGGUUGCCUCUGUUGUUGCCAACUUGCAGUACUAUUUCCUCAAUGUACAGCCCUUGAUAUAG